AUGGACGGCAAUGAUUUUCAAGAGUGUGAUGAAAAUGAAUAUAGAUGUACAAGUGGUCAAUGUAUUCAAUCUGAUCAAAGAUGUGACACUUUCGAAGAUUGUUUGGACGGUUCUGAUGAGCAAAAUUGUCAAACCUGUAGUUCAUCAGACGUGUUUAACUGUGACUUUAUAAGAUGUAUACCAAGAAGACUUGUCUGUGAUGGUUACCCAGAUUGUGAAGAUAAAGCUGACGAGACAUCUUGUAACACAAAUAAUUUUAAAACAUGCAGGGAUUUAUGGGAAGCCGGAUAUAGAGACUCAAAAGAGUACCAAGUUCCAGCCGCACUCUAUACCAACAAGAUAACAAUAUUUUGUGACUUUUCAUCCUUGACCACCGAUAAUAUCAUACGUACGAUCUUAUAUACGGACCUUAUUGAAUGGAACGCAGAAACUAUAUUCUACACAACAUAUGCACUAGUUGACCUUUUUGAACUAGAACCUUUUGAUGACGUUGAUGAACUAGGAUUAAGUAGUGACGUCAAACGAAAUUGCUCUUACCAGGUGAUACAGACAUGUGUACCAUGGCUAAGUGCUGCAGCGGCUGUAGACGAUCCAAAUUUUGAACAUAUCUACAAAAACUGCCGAUGCCUGAACAUAACCAUUGAAGUCCAAUUCCUAGAAUAUAACAUUGCGUAUGUACAAUUUGGUAUUAUGGGUUCUAACAUAUGUAAUAAAAAAGUAAUUCCUUUGACUCGUAAACAGAUAUAAAUUUAACUUAUUAUAAUAAAACAGUAAAAUAGUUUCCCUAUAUAACAACAGAAAUUGUUUUAAAUUUGUUUGUACUUGAAUAUUUUAAUAAAUAAUUGCAAUUUGAAAACAUUAAUCCUCAUGAAUGGUGAAUAAUUGUGAGGUUAACCUAUUUUGCGCACCUGGACCAACCAAUGGCGAAAGACGUCACCUGUUUUAAAUUAUCUACAUUAGUUCAUUUUUCACACGCUUCUAAAAACGCAGUAUUCCUUUAAAACUCGGACAUCAUGAACGCGUAUAUUUUGUUUUUGUCUCUCAACAAUAAAACUACCUUUUUAAGGGC